AUGGUAGUCACACAGGUUAAUAUCUUCUUCAUGUUCAUCUAUGUGCUUGAGUCCUUGACAGUAAUUGCACAGAGCAGCUUCAUUGUUGUAGUGCUGGGCAGAGAGUGGGUACGGGUCAAAAGAUUGUCACCUUUGGAAAUGAUUCUCUCCAGCCUGGGCAUCUGCCGUUUUUGUCUACAAUGGGCAUCAAUGCUGUACAAUUUUUUGCCUUUUUUUAGCCCUAGUCAUGGAUUUUGGAACAUAAGCACAGCCUGGGAAUUCACUAAUACCCUCACAUUCUGGUUAACCAGCUUGCUUGCUGUUUUCUACUUUGUCAAGGUCUCUUCCUUCACCCAUCCCACCUUCCUCUGGCUGCGGUGGAGAAUUUUGAGAUUGGUACCUUGGUUGAUACUGAGUACUCUGAUGAUUUCCUGUGUGACAAUUAUCCCUUCAGUUGUUAGAAAUCACAUCCAGAUGGAAUCAACCACUAUGGAGCAUUUAUACAGAAACAGAACUCUGACUGAAAGACUUAAAAUAUUUGAGAUGUAUUUUUCUGCACUUCAGAAAAUGAUUGAGUUGGGUAUUCCCUUCCUCUUGUUCCUGGCCUCUACCACCUUACUUAUGGCCUCACUAAUCCAGCACUUGAAGCAGAUGCAACAACAUAACACCAGCCAUUGCAACUCCAGCAUGAAAGCUCAGUCUGCUGCUCUGAGAUCUCUUGUCAUCUUCUUCAUCUUCUUCACCUCUUACUUUCUGGCUGUACUUAUCUCCUAUUUAGGUACCAUGAUUGAUAAGAGAUCUUGGUUCUGGGUCUGGGAGGUUGUCAUCUAUGCUAUAGUCUCUAUUCAUUCCACCUUACUGCUGCUGAGCAGCCCUACAUCGAAAAGGGUUCUAAAGAUAAAAUGCUGGGGCACAGACGCUGCCUGA